AUGGGACACUGGCUGGGCCUAUUCUUCCUGCUGGCACUUUCUUUUGGGCAAGUGGAUACUUGGCUCUGGUCCUGGAGCUUGCCUGCCAAGGAGACACCGUCUGUAAACAGGGGAAAGUCCGGAACAUCUGUUCCUACAGAAGUAACACCGGAUGAGAAUGUUGCUGGGGUAGGAGAAGAAAUCAUAACUGUGACCAGUGAGAUUCAAAAGAUUGUGGAAACAUGGGACCGGGAUCCAGAAACGGAAGCACCCAACCUCACUACUGCAGCACCAACUUCAUCUUCAAAUAAGGCUGAGCAUCUGAUGAACAACAGCAGAAAUGGCACUUCCAGGCUGUUGGAGAUGAGAACCAAAGGAGAUGUGCAAGAAAACAGCACAUCAAUACACCAGAUUAGAGUAUCUACAUCUGAAAAAGGGAGAUCUCCAGAGGAGGAGAAUGGGUCUGGAUCUAGAUCCUCCAUGGGGGAUACUCAAGAGGGCAUGUUCAUCUCCAUCAUUACAACAGAGGCUGUGACUAAUAGUAACAUAAAAGCUGGGAAACAGAUGGUGAAGCUGGAAAUGGCAAAAGAAGACCUAAGGACAGCUGGGGGGAAUGGUACUGGCCUCAUGGAUGAUAAUGUUGUGUCCCUCCUGCAAAUGAUUGGAGACCCACCGCCAGAUGAGAUCACCCAGGUCUACAGCCCGGACAACAGCCCUGGCUAUGUGUUCGGCCCGGAUGCCAACACGGGCCAACUGGCACGUGCCCACUUCCGCAGCCCCUUUUUCCGCCACUUUUCUCUCCUCUUCCACCUGCAGCCAACAUCUCCCAAGGCUGGCGUUAUAUUCUCUAUUACCGAUCCAAACCAGAAGGUCAUGUAUGUUGCUGUCAAGCUGUCAGCCGUGCAAGGCGGAAAACAGAAGGUCAUCUUCUACUACACGGAGCCAGAUUCAGACACCUCCUACGAAGCAGCCAGUUUCAGUGUGUCUUCCUUGGUCAACGUCUGGACUCGCUUUUCCAUCGCUGUGUUUGAGGACCAGGUCACUUUUUACAUGAAUUGCGAUGGGGAGCCUCAGGUGAUGCGCUUUGAGCGUUCACCCGACAACAUGGACCUUGAGGCCGGAACAGGCUUGUUCGUGGGCCAGGCUGGAGGGGCAGACCCAGACAAGUUUCUGGGUGUCAUUGGAGACCUGAAGGUGGUGGGCGACUCCCGAGCGGCUGAGCGCUACUGUGAGGAGGAAGAAGAUGACUCGGACGCAGCCUCUGGAGAUUACGGAAGUGGCUAUGAAGACAGCGGCCAGGGAGAGGACAGACGUCGCACUGUAACGGCAAAGCCUCCAUCGCUACGUCCCAUUCAGCAGCCUCCCGUGACCUCCAAGCCUUUCUCCACUGUGGCAGCAGAGCGACCGGCAGUUGAAGAAACUCGCUUGGAGUCUGUGGAGUCCAGGCCCGGAGCGCAAGGUCCGCAAGGGCCCACUGUCUCCAAAGGAGAGAAGGGGGACCAAGGGGAGAAGGGCACUAAAGGGGACAGGGGUCCUGCAGGAGCAAAGGGAGAUUCAGGGCCGAACGUGGGCGCCGGCCUUGGGUUGCAAGGUGUACCCCACGGAGAAAAGGGUGACCCUGGAGAGAAAGGAAUGAAGGGAAAUGCUGGUUUUGGAUAUCCUGGUGCCAAAGGUGACCGUGGGCCACCCGGGCCACCCGGGCUCCCGGGUCCACCUGGGCCCCCGGGUUCUGGAACUGAGGUUUUGAAGCGUGGGGACGGCUCGGUGGUGCAGCAGGUGACGGGACCAAGGGGACCACCGGGUCCUGCUGGGCCACCCGGCCCUCUUGGACCCCCGGGAGCCGAUGGAGAACCGGGUGAUCCUGGUGAAGAUGGCACUGCAGGUCCUGUUGGACCCCCGGGUUUUCCAGGCACCUCAGGAGAACCUGGAGCCAAAGGCGAGAAGGGUGACCCUGGAGAGGGACAACCUGGCCCCAGGGGACCACCAGGGCCCCCUGGCCCCCCAGGCUCAUUCCGAUCAGACAAGCAGACCUUUGUGGACAUGGAGGGAUCCGGUUUACUAGAUUUGGAAAGUUUACGGGGUUUGCCAGGUCCUCCUGGACCACCUGGGCCUCCAGGUCCCCCAGGGUCAGUCAGCACUGCAGGGUCGUCUGGAGCAACCGGACCUCCGGGAAAGGAUGGGGCCCCUGGCAAACAGGGACCCCCUGGCCCAUCAGGUAAAGAUGGGCUUCCAGGCCUACCUGGAACAAAAGGAGAAAAAGGUGAUCCAGGUGAGCUGGGUCUUCCUGGACCACUGGGGGAGAAGGGCUCUCAGGGUGCACCUGGGGUAUCAGGUCGUCCAGGAGAAACUGGGCUUGCUGGACUUCCUGGACCAAUGGGGCCUGUUGGGCCACCUGGGCCACCAGGACCACCAGGACCAGGCUACCGUGUUGGCUUUGAUGAUAUGGACAUGGAAGGUUCUGGAGUGGGAAUGUUCACAGGGCUUACUGGAGUGAGAGGACCGGAAGGAAUCCAGGGUCCUCCUGGAAUUCCAGGCCUGCCAGGCAAUCCGGGGUUGCCUGGGCUGCCUGGUGAGAAGGGAAGUGAAGGGCCCCAGGGACAGGAUGGCAAACCAGGACUGAAGGGCUUCCCAGGACCUCAGGGACCAAAGGGUGAUAGAGGAGACAAAGGUGACAGAGGGGAACCUGGUCGAGAUGGAGCGUCAAUUCCUGGACCUCCAGGGCCUCCUGGCCCCCCAGGUCAGGUCAUCUUCAAGUCCUCAGACUCUUUGGAUGGAAUCAUUGGAAGACAAGGACUUCAGGGUGGAGCUGGUAUUCCUGGACAACCAGGUUUCCCUGGCCCAGCUGGACCAAAGGGUGAACGAGGGGAUCCAGGUCAUCCAGGCUAUGGAGUUAAGGGCGAGAAAGGAGAACCAGGGCUGAUCAUUGGACCUGAUGGCAGUCCCUUCUUUCAGGGAAGUCUGAAGGGAGAGAAGGGAGACAGGGGACCCCCUGGGCUAGUUGGACCAUCUGGUCAGUAUGGUCCUCCUGGAGUUAAGGGUGAAAUUGGAAUGCCAGGCCGACCAGGUCGCCCUGGUGUGAACGGGUACAAAGGAGGAAAAGGGGAGCCAGGAUCUGGAUCAGGAUAUGGCUAUCCUGGUCCUCCUGGACCACCGGGACCACCGGGACCUCCUGGAUCCCCAGUAGCAUUGGACAGGUUUUUACGGUAUGAUGAUGUCUCAAGACUUUAUCCAGCUACGAAGGGUGAGAAAGGUGAUCGUGGAGCUCCUGGCAUUCCUGGGACACCUGGUGUUGCUUCAAAUUUUGACUUCUACACACUAAAGAAUGAGCUGAAGGGAGAGCGGGGAGAAACUGGUACCAAAGGGGAGAAAGGAGAGCCAGGUGGGGGGUACUAUGACCCCCGCUAUGGAGGAGCACAGGGUCCGCCUGGACCUCCAGGAAUCCCAGGGCUACCGGGUCCGAAAGGAGAUUCUAUCAGAGGUCCCCCUGGUCCCCAGGGGCCACCAGGAUCCACAGGGAUUGGUUAUGAUGGUCGACCGGGAAGCCCUGGCCCUCCGGGCCCUCCGGGCCCCCCUGGUCCUCCAGGCUCACCCUCAUUGCCUGGGGCAUACAGACCUACACACACAAUCAAUAUCCCUGGUCCCCCUGGUCCUCCUGGUCCUCCUGGAAUUCCUGGACUGUCUUCUGGGGUCACUGUUUUGAGAUCAUAUGACACCAUGAUUUCCACGGCAAGACGACAGGCUGAGGGCACACUCAUUUUCAUUGAAGACAACGGGGACCUCUACAUUCGAGUUCGGGAAGGAUUCCGUCAAGUGACGCUUGGAGAGUACAAACCGUACGCCAGAGAUCUGGACAAUGAAGUGGCAGCAGUCAAGCCACCUCCAGUCGUGCAUUACUCACAGGACCACUCUGCCAACAGUGGGGCGGAGCACUUGUCACACAUUGGUACCGCCACCCGGCCUAUAGAGCCUCCACCUCGCCACCCUGUUGAAGUCUCAAGAACGGAGCCAGAGCAACGCAACCCUGUUCAGCCUGAUAGCAGAUACCCCCCAAAAACAGAUCCCAGAUACACCUCCCCGCCUGACCAUAGAUAUCCCUCCUAUCCUGACUCCAGAUACCCCCCACAACCAGACAACAGGUACAGUCCUGUACAAACAGACAAUAGGUACCACAACACUCCCUACCGCAGACCUAGUGUUCCGGAACCCCAGCCAGCUGGCCAUGUGCACACAUUUGGACCAGGGCUGCACCUGAUUGCCUUAAAUGCGCCACAAGUGGGAAACAUGCGUGGCAUCCGGGGAGCAGACUUCCUGUGCUUCCAACAGGCCCGAGCAGUUGGACUGAGCGGUACCUUCCGUGCAUUCCUGUCUUCCAAGCUGCAGGAUAUCUACAGUAUUGUCCGCAAGUCUGACAGAGACAGUCUGCCCAUCUUAAAUCUCAAGGACCAGGUGUUGUUCAGCAGCUGGGAGUCUCUCUUCAGAGACUCAGAGGGGAGGAUGAAGGAGAAUGUACCCAUCUACUCCUUUGAUGGGAGGGAUGUCCUCAGGGAUAGUGCAUGGCCUGAAAAGAUGGUGUGGCAUGGCUCAAGUACCAGGGGUCACCGUCAGACCGACAACUACUGUGAGACUUGGCGGAUGGGAGACCAGGCCGUGACAGGCCUGGCGUCCUCUCUGCAGACCGGGCAGCUCCUGCAGCAGACCACCAGCAGCUGCUCCAGAUCUUACAUCGUGCUGUGCAUCGAGAACAGCUACAUUGCACCGUCCAAAAAGUAAAGCCAGCUUCUUCUUCAUCAGAGGAGACCGAUUCCUGAUGGCCCUCUCCUCACCACCUCCCCGCCCCCGUCCCUUUCCCUCCAGAACAACACACAUACUCUGUUUCACCUUGGUCUGGAGACCCUGUUUGACAAAGAAGAUGCCCACUGUUGAUGUGCCUCAGUUAUGCCAAAGAGAUGAGUCUGACAAGACACACACUCUCUCCUGGGGGCACUGGCACAUAUUGCCUUAGGGGUCGAACCACAGAAACUAAAGUCUAACCUUGCCUUGCCGCAGUUUUCAAUCGUAUCCAUUUGAAACGUUGUAUAAUAAGUGUUGGAGUUGUUUUUUGUUAAUGAUGCUACUCUUUAAUGUAAUUGUUAAAGAUAUAAUUGGUAUAUUUAACCAGUCUUAGCUACAUUUCUGUUGUGUAACA